GGAAACUAAUGCGCAUAUAUAAGACGUCUUCACAACUUGAAACCUAAGAAAGACGAGCUGCGAGUCAUUUAAGUCAUCAAAGGCCGGUCCGGUCCGGUCGAGUUGACCAUCAGAGACACUUUUUUGGGCUUAGACAUGGCUUUUGUGACCUGCCGGGUCCAGUUCCUGCUGGACUCGGAUCCUUUCAUCUGUACGAACUUUCCCGAACCUCGCAGACCUCCUACGGUGGACGUGGAGGAGAACCUGCCGCUGAGUGAGGUGGUUCCGACGAUCCACAAGCUGCUGGACGCGCCGCUCAAGCUGGAGGAGUGCACGUUGCAGGUAUCCCCACACGGGAACUACUUGGACUUGGACGCCUCGCUGUCGGAGCAGAGAGACGAGCUGGACAACUUCUACCAAGAUGUGGCGAAAGGGAGGAAGCCCAUCUUGGUCCUGAGGACACAACUGUCCGUGCGAGUCCACGCCAUCCUGGAGAAGCUCUACAACUGUCACGGCCCUGAGCUGCGCCGCUCGCUCUUCUCGCUCAAACAGCUCUUCCAGGAUGAUAAGGACCUGGUUCCUGAGUUUGUGGCGUCCGAAGGUUUGACGUGUUUCGUUAAAGUCGGGGCGGAGGCAGACCACAACUACCAGAACUACAUCCUCAGAGCGCUCAGUCAGAUCAUGUUGUUUGUGGACGGCAUGAACGGCGUGAUCGACCACAGCGAGACGGUUCAGUGGCUCUACACCUUGACAGGAAGUCAGUCUCGACUGCUGGUCAAAACGUCCCUGAAGCUGCUCAUCGUGUUCGUGGAGUAUUCGGAAUCCAACAGUCCUUUGCUCAUCGAUGCUGUCAACACCGUGGACGAACGGCGAGGUGUGAAGCCAUGGUCGUACAUGAUGGACGUCCUGCACGAGAGAAACGGCGCCGACACCGAGCUGCUGGUCUUCGCCAUGACACUCAUCAACAAGACGCUGGUGGCGCUCCCGGACCAGGACUCCUUCUACGACGUCACCGACUGUCUGGAGCAGCUGGCCAUGGAGGCCGUGGUCCACAAACACAUGAGCAACAUGGCCGCUGAGCCCGACCUGAAAGCGCAGUUUGCCAUCUACGAGACAGCGUUGAGGUUCGAGGACGGCGACGUGAAUGACCCGUCCCCUCACCUGCGUAAAGAGCGGCGAAAGACGGCUGCCAGCGAACAGGAAGGUCGUCGUAGUCGUCGCUCGUCCAGUCAAAACAUUCCUGACCCGGCGUCUUCUGCGAGCUCCUCCCCCUGCACUUCCCCCAUUCCUCCGGCCGCCCUCACCGCCACCAGCAGCCCUCUCUCGCUUUCCCCGUUCACCUCGGAACCCAGCAGCCCCGCCUCCAGUCCCUCCGGGUCCCUGAGAGGGUCACCUCUGCCCCCCAAUGGCGACUCGAACGACACCGUGAUGGCGGCGCACGAGCCGAAGACGCCGUCCAGUCCGAGUCGCUCUUUCCUCAGCCACCACAUGUCCGCUUUGGGUCUGAGCAGGAGGUCGAGGCUCUUCUCCAAAUCCAGCUCCAUUUGUGAGGACCCGUCCACCUCCUGCAGCUCGUCAUCCUCCAGCGCGGACAAAUGUUGGGAUCAUCAGAACGCCACCAAGAUGACCUUCAACGAGGAUGACAUGUUCCAGUGCCCAGAAGACUGUAACAUAAAUGCGGACAAACCCGUUCUGAGGAAGUUUGAAGACAACUUCCUGCGCAGUCUGGCCGCCACCCAGUGGGAGAAGAAGAGGCGGAGUAAACACCUGAGCCCCUCCAAGCUGUCCUCGUCUGAUGAUGUCAUCACCCCGAACCCGCAGCCGGUAGAGGACAGUGACGGAGGACUUCCUACUAAUGGUGUGACAUCCGCUCCCGCCCCGCAUGGCGCAGGUGCCGUGCAGAGACAGUGCAGCACGCUGUCCAAUGACAAGAAGUUCAUGCUGGACAUGCUCUUCUCCAAGGCCUCGGACCAAGCCCCGCCCAGCCCGACCGCUGCCCCAGACGAUGGUCUUGAGCGUGGGGACGUCUUGCCUGCUGAUGGCGGUGUUGGGGGGCGGGGCCGGGUGUUGGAGCGCCUCUCCAGCCUCCGAGCGCGCUCGGUGGAGGCGGUCAGCCCCAGCGAGCCCAGUGCCUCCCGUAGGGCGGAGCUUGAAGGACUGGAAGGUUCCGCCCAGGUGGCUCUGGCCCGCCUGGCAGAAGAGCAGAAGAAUCGCUACGUGCGGCAGCAGAGUAGCAUCGACGCCGAGAGCCACGCACACCGCCUGGAGACCACCCAGAUGAUGCCCCUGGGUGCCGGGGGGCCCGCCGAUGCUUGGGACCAGCUCCAGCCGAGCAGCGCCACCCUGCGCAUCAAAGAUCUGGACUUCUCUGACCUCUUGGAUGAGGAAGACAUUGACGUGUUGGACAUGGACACCAACGACUCCUCCUCCUCUGCGCCGCUUCUGUUGGGUGGUCCUCCUCCCCCGCCCCCGCCCCCUGGUGGACUUGCACCUCCACCGCCCCCUCCUCCUCCGCCUCCUCCUGGUGGUUCAGUGCCCCCACCUCCUCCACCGCUUCCCCCUGGCGGUUCGGCGCCGCCUCCGCCUCCUCCUCUACCUGGCGCCCCUCCUUUGCCUCCGUCCUCCCAAGCGGCAGCAGCAGCAACCUUCCCGAGGAAGAAGAAAACGGUGAAGUUGUUCUGGAGGGAGCUGAAGCAGGCCGACGGGCCCAAACGGUGUCGCUUUGGCCGCGGGACGGUGUGGGCAUCUUUGGACAAGGUGCAAGUGGACACUGUCCGGCUGGAGCAUCUGUUUGAGUCCAAAGCCAAAGAGCUGCCGGUCGCCAAGAAAGCGGCCGAGACCAAGAAGUCUGAGAUCCUGGUCCUGGAUCCAAAGCGCAGCAACGCCAUCAACAUCGGUAUGACCGUCCUUCCCGCCGUCCACGUCAUCAAGACCGCCAUCCUCAACUUUGACGAGUUUGCCAUCAGCAAGGAGGGAAUUGAGAAGAUCCUGACCAUGACGCCCACAGACGAGGAGAAGCAGAAGAUCCAGGAAGCCCAGCUGGCCCAUCCGGACGUUCCUCUAGGGACAGCAGAACAGUUCCUCUUCUGCCUGGCCUCCAUCAGUGCCUUGACCCCCCGCCUGCAGCUUUGGUCCUUCAAACUCAACUACGAGUCUCUGGAGAAGGAGAUCGCAGAGCCGCUCUUUGACCUGAAGCUGGGCAUGGAGCAGCUGGCCUCCAAUCGGACCUUCAAGAAAAUCCUGGCCACACUUCUGGCCAUCGGAAACUUCCUCAACAGCUCCAACGCGAAAGGGUUCGAGCUGUCGUACCUGGAGAAGGUGGUGGAGGUGAAGGACACGGUCCACAGACAGUCUCUGCUGCAUCACACGUGCACUCUCAUCACUGACAACGACCCGCAGUCCUCCGACGUCUACUCGGAGAUCCCUGCCAUAACGCGCUCUGCCAAGGUGGACUUUGAGCUUCUCUCCGAGAACCUGGUCCAGCUGGAGAGGCGCUGCAAGGCGUCGUGGGAGAACUUGAAGGUGGUGUCCAAACACGAGACAAAGACAUUGCUGAAGAACAAGAUGGCCGACUUCCUGAAGGACUGCACGCAGAGGAUCGUCAUCCUCAAGGUUGUCCACAGGAGAGUCAUCAACAGGUUCCACUCCUUCCUGCUGUUUCUGGGUCAGCCGUCCUCCUCGGUGCGGGACACCAAAGUGACGGACUUCUGCCGCAUCAUCAGCGAGUUUUCGCUGGAGUACCGAACCACGCGAGAGAGGGUGCUCACGCUCAAACGCAAACGGGCCGCCCACCGAGAAAGAACCAAGACGCGUGGCAAGAUGAUCACCGAGACGGAGAAGUUUUCUGGGGCGGUGCCCCCUUCUGACAGCCCUGCCCCCAUGGAGGCGGAUCCCAGCAUGGAAGCGGAGCAUGAGAGCAUGACUCACCUGCUGACCAGCAGCGUCCUGAACCAGGAGCAGCGGGGCGUCAGGCGCUCCCGAGCUGUCCGCAGUCUCGGCAGGCUGAGUCCAUCUCCCAUGUCGGUGCCUCAGGACGCCGAAAGCGUCUCCCAGAACGACCCCACAGACGAAAUCAUGGACCGACUCGUCAAGUCGGUGACCCGGAACCCCUCAGCCAGAGUUCCCAGUCCCAAAACUCGCAAACGCUCCCGUCUGAACAGGAAAUCCAUGAGGAGGACUCUGAAGAGCGGCCUCAGCGUGGACGUGGUCCAGGCCCUGGGACUGGACAAGACCCCUGUCUGACCUCACGCUGGCUCAUACGGACACGAUGGAGAUACUGGAAACGUUGGGUGACCUUGACAAAGGGUGCCAAAGUCAAGUGUGGUUGAGACGUCCAUCUUUGAGCUUUUUUUAAGUUCCAUUUAUAGUAACUCUGAAACUUCUCUUUUUUUAGUUCCGAUGCCAAAACUUGAACAUUUUUGUCAACUUGAAGUAUUUUAAAAGCUGAAAAAGAGUUAGAUAUUUGAAAAUGGUUGUUUUUGCGCCACUGUCGGCUUUAAAUUGAUAUUCCCUUCACGUAAUGUGUGUUUGUGUGUGUGUGUGUGUGUGUGUGUGUGUGUGUGUGUGUACACUUGUGAGGGUUGUUAUGCACGUGCACUAGCUUUUUGGCUAAUGUAUUUUUGCACUUUUCAGCACUAAAGUUUUUUUUCCAGGUUUUUAAUUUAACAAAUGAGUUGAAUGUUAUUGGAAAAUGUUUAUUGGGUGAACACCUUAAAUAAAUGACCAUUGCCAUUUCAUAUGCAAAUAAAAUUGGAGCGAAGACUUUUAAAAUGUGGAGUUUGGCUAUUUA